AAUCAACGACGAAGGAAACGAGCUAGCAAAUCAAAGCAUAGAUAUCGCAUUGACGGAUAUCAGAGCUAAAGACCCGACUGUCCUAGGAAACGUGAUUGUCGUCCAACUGAAUGAAUCUGAUCCAAAAGAAGCUUUGGAACAAGUUUGCAGCGUCUGGGAUUCAGCAGUCAAAAACGGAACUUCAGGAGUUCCAGAUUUGGUUCUUGACACAACACGCAGUUACUUUAGCACAAAAACAGUCAAUGUAUUCGCAGCUUUCCUUGGAAUUCCAAAAAUUUCAGCCCGAUAUGGUCAGCGGAGUGAUGUCAAACACUGGAAAGACUUGACAGUGAACCAGACGAACUACCUAGUCCAAAUAAUGCCUCCGGUUAAUCUUAUCCCCAAAGCUUUCAGGCAAUUAGAUUGUGAAAAAAACGUAUCUAAUGUCGCAAUUAUUUUUGAUGACACUUAUGUCACGGAUAGGAUGUACAAGGGUCUCUUGCAGAAUAUUUCUUCACGGCAUAUCGUUGUUCAGGCCGAAGCCGACAAUUCAGAUAUCGAACAGCAGCUGGACCGCAUACGGGAUCUUGAUGUUGUUAAUUACUUUGUACUCGGUAAUGAAAGCACGCUGAACAAUUAUUUAGAUGUUGCGGAUGAUAAAAACUUAACUGGGUGCAGAUACGGUAUAGGAUCAAACCAAGCGCAUCUUCGAUCUCUGACUGCCCAGAAUUUACUGCCUCCAGUCUGGCUAACAGUGGCAUUCUACUACGACGUCGUCCGUAUCGGAGUUGGAGCCAUGAAAUCAGCAAUCAAAAAAAAAUCCUGGCCAACCUCUUUGAAACCUCGAUUCAUAACAUGCGAAGAAUAUAAUGGGAAUAAUACUCCAACUUAUAAUUUUGAUUUGCUUGGUGAAUUACGUAACGCAACCACAAAUAAACUUGAACCGACAUUCACUAGAUUUCAUUGGGGUGAAAAUAACGGUGAGCAUCACGCGGAAUUUAAUAUUGGUGUCAAUAUGGUGGUUAUCAACGAUGGAAAUUCUAUUUUCUCUGACGAUUUAGGUCUCUGGAAUGUUGAUAUUUGUUCGCCGUUGACAAGCAAAACUAAUACAACCCUCGCUCAUUACACCGAAGUUCCAACUUACCGAAUUGUCACAGUAGAAAGACCGCCAUUCAUGGAGUUCAACAAGGAAACGAAGAAAUGGGAAGGCAUCUGCAUCGACUUGCUGGAAGAAAUGCAAAAGUAUACAAAAUUCAAUUACGAAAUUUACGAAUCUCCGGAUGGCGAAUAUGGAUCACUGAACGACAAAGGUGAAUGGAACGGCAUGAUUAAGGAACUAAUCACAGACAACGCUGAUGUUGCACUGGGUGCCCUAUCCGUGACAGCAACACGUGAAUACGCAAUUGAUUUCACGGUGCCGUACUACGAACCCGUUGGUUACUCGGUGAUAACGAAGCGUCAAUUGGAUUCAACGAGUUUGUUCGUCUUCAGAAAAUCAAUGAGCUGGAAAGUUUGGGUCUGCAGCUUGGCGGCGUUCAUCUCGACCAGUCUUCUGAUUUACAUAUUCGACCGAUGGUCACCCUACAGCUACCGCAACGACCCGCAUAACAAGUAUAAUAGACAUCACACGCGUAUCUUUACUCUGAGAAACAGCUUUUGGUACACGAUGUCUUGCUUGGGGCCGUCGGGAGGUGGCCCUCCACCCAAGAAUUUUUCUGGACAAAUCCUCGCCUGUAGCUGGUGGGGCUUUGGGUUCAUCACUAUCGCAGCUUAUUCCGCUAAUUUAGCAGCUUCCACGACUGUAGGCCGACUUCAACCGACCAUCAAGACGUGGGAUCAGGUCAGAGAACAGUUCAAGAUCCAGUACGCGCCUAUUAAGGAUUCUAAUGCUUACCAAUAUUUUUUCGGGAUGAAAGCCAUUGAGGAAAGCUUCUACGACAUAUGGAAAGACAUAAGUCUAAACGACAGUCUAACACACAGAGAACGAGCUCAAUACGCGGUUUGGGAUUACCCAGUAGACGAUGAGUUCUCAAGAAUAGUUUCUCACAUGAGCGAAUAUGGUUACCCAGAGUCAAAAGAAGACGCUCUAAAUAGAAUGUUUGGCCUUCCUCCGUACACCAAUGAAUCAAAUUUUGCACUCAUUGAUGAAGCUACUGAGUUGCGCUAUUGGGCUUUGACGAACUGCUCGUUCUUUCUAUUUGAAGGGGAAUUUACAAAGAAACCAUAUGCUAUUGCCGUCCAACAGGGGUCUCCUAUCAAGAAUAUAUUUGACCAUGCACUGAUCGAACUGGAGAAGAGUUACACAAUGAAAAGACUGAAGGAGAAAUGGUGGGACAACAACCCCAAAAGAAUGUACAAUUGUCCUGAGCGGAUAAACAGAAGCGAAGGCCUUCACAUCGGAAAUAUCGGUGGUAUUUUUAUCGUGCUAGCCGUCGGAAAUGUAAUUGGCGUUCUUACAGUAAUAUUACAGUACUGGUGGUACUGCCUUAGAUCACGCACGCGCCUCGGACAGCUGCUGGAAGAUGGCUUCUCAUUAGACAAGGUCAAGCCGAAGAAAUUCAAGGUCAAGCCAAUGCUUAGAAAAAUUACCCGCCCGGACAAAAAU